AAGAUGGCGGCGCUGGACAGGAGCUUCAUAGAAAUAUGUGGAUUUGAGAGGGAAACGUUUUCAAAGUUCCGCGACAUCAAUGUCAAUUUAGGCUUGAGUGCCCUUCCUGGAGGUGUCAAAUGUCCAGACAGCGCAGGAGGCUUUUACUAUGAAGAGAGUGGGAAGCUCCUGUCUGUCACUAGUAACAGAUUCAUACACUGGUCCACGUCUGGGGACACCGUCCAGCUAGUGGAGCAGUCACUGGACACCAACCUGCUGAACAAUGCGGUGCGCAUUAAAAUCCCCCAGUGCCAAGUCCUACCGGACGGCGUGCACAUUGAGGAGACCCUCAACAAUGUCAUCAUCCUCAUCGUCACCAACCAGUCAGUCCACAGGCUGGCCCUGCAACAUCCUUCACGCAUGUACCGCAGUGAGCUGGUCACAGAGCUGCAGAUGCAGUCCAUCUUCACAGACGUGGGCAAGCUGAACCUGCAGGACCCCUCUCACAGCUUCGUGCUGCCCAGCGUGCCCGGCCAGCCCCCCGUUAGCCCCACCACCUCCACCGCCUGGAUCAGCCAGGAGGGAGAGGCUCACUUCGCCCUGGCCUCCGCCUCCGGGGGCAUCCUGGUGGUCGCUCUGCCCCCACACGACUCCCUGGGCACUGUGGGCAUAGUGGAGCUGAAGCAGAGCUCAGUCAUGCAGAGGCUGGCUGGCUGGAUGCCCACUGCCAUCAGAGGUGGCCAGAGCCCUUCAGACCAGGCCCUGAGUCUGGCUGUGAGGCAGUUUGACGAUGACCCCUUCAUCUUCGCACUCUGCCAAGAUCACAAACUGCGCAUGUGGUCCUACAAGGAGCAGGUGUGCCUGAUGGUGGCGGACAUGCUGGAGUACCUGCCGGUGGGGCGUGGGGAGGUGAAGAGCAUCCCGGGACAGGGCCACAAGCUGCGGCUCUCCUUCUCCUCAACCACGGGCCUCAGCCUGGGCGUCUACCUCGGCCUGCCCAAGAGGGGACAGUUCUGCGUCAUGGAGCUGGUGGCCAACAACAACCGCUACAGCCUCGUCCACCUCUCCACCAUCUUCACCACACAGGAAACCCUGGUGGACUUUGCCUUGACCUCUACUGAUAUCUGGGGUCUGUGGCUGGACGAUGACAACCAAACAGUGGUGAAAUACAUCAACUUUGAGCACAACUCGGCUGGCCUGUGGAAUCAGGUGUUCAUGCACCCUGCCCCAGAGGAGGAGGUCCACAUCGGAAUAGACCAGGACCCACGGGAGGCCUACCUUGAUGUCCUCUUCUCCCCCCUCCAGUUCACCGCCAUGGCCAUCAUCAAAGCCUUACAGAUUUACAAGAGAGGUACUGAGAGGUUCAUCGACCUGCCCUGGGAAUCCCUGAAGAGGGAGGUGACUCUCGCUGUGGAGAAUGAGCUCCAGAACAGUGUUGUGGAGUACGAGUUCUCCCAGGAGGAGUACCGCCAGCUGCAGGUGGAGUUCUGGUCCAAGUUCUACGCCUGCUGCCUGCAGUACCAGGAGGCCCUGUCCACACCACUAGCCCUGCUCAUCAACCAGGCCACCGCCAUGGCCUGCGUACUCAAGAAGGGAUAUGUGUCCUACCUGUUGCCCUGCUUCGCUGUGGAUCACCUGUACCUGUCUGCUGAUGAGUACCUUUUCUCUGAAGAGGAGACACCUGUGGCUGAAGACCCAGAGGUGGGUCGUGACGUGCUGCAGCUGGUCCAGUGUCUGCGUCUGGUGAGCGAGUGUGUGCAGGGUGACAUGGCCUACGACAUGGAGAAGGCCCUCGACCACCUGCAGUCCCCAGAGAGGGCAGCCGAGCAGGUGCUCGAGAGCAUGCUGGCCAACGACAGUGAGAACGUGAUUGAGGAGAUCCAGAAUAAGCUGCAGGACAUCCGCAACCCCCCGGGGGCCAUGUCAGUCCUGCUGAGGGAGAUGGACCUGGAGACGGACGCCGACGCCGCAGAGGGAGCCGCGCUCACCGCAGGGCGUUCGCUGAGCCUGCGUAUCAGCCUGUCGCAGCUGUAUGGCAGCAGUGUGGCGGUGAGUGUGGUGUGCCAGGCCGUAUGCCACAUGGCCCUCACCAGAGCCAUGCUGUGCAGAGACCUGCUCAUCCUGCAGCAGCUAUACCUGAGACUUGGAGACAACGUGUUCUUGGGUGGCGGUGGUCAGCUGUUGCAGCUUCAGCAGGACCUGAUCCCGCGCUGCUCCCACCUGCUCUGCUGCUACUACCUGCUCAAGAAGAUCAGCCAGAGCCUCUCCACACCUGUGGCCCUCGACACACUUGAUGCCAAUCUUCAGCACCUCUCUGUUCUGGAGCUGACUGACUCUCCUGCCAUGGCGCCCAACAGAUCAGUCCUGAAUCCUCAGACGGUGGUGGAGCUGUUCUACCAGAACGUGGCCCGCAAGGCCAUCAUGGGCCAGAUCUACUCUCAGCAGACGGGCCAGUCCAGCCAGGUGCCCCUGCACUGGCCCCAGAUGGCCUCCAGCGUCGUCACCAACCUCUCACAGCUCCUAUGGCCAAGCAACCCCGGCUUCAUGUUCCCAGAGUGCCUGAUGGGGAACUGCCAGUACACACAACUCCAGGAGUAUGUGCGUCUGAUUGGCCCGUGGUGUCAGGUGAACGUGGGCUCGUGUCGCUUCAUCCUGGGCCAGAGCUACCUGGCUACAGGGGAGGGGCAGAAGGCGCUUCAGUGUUUCCAGGAGGCCGCCACUGAGGUGGAGAAAGAGGACUUCCUGAUGCGGCUAGCCAGCAGCACAGAGGAGGAGGAGGCAGCCGCCAGCGCCCCACGCCUGCAGUACUACAACAAGGUUCUGAGAUUACUGGAGGAUGUUGGAUUACCUGAGCUGGUUAUCCAGUUGGCAACGCUUGCGAUAUCAGAAGCCGUCAACGACCCCAGAAGUCAGGCGGCUCUCUGGACUCGUAUCUUCAAGCACCACCUGGACUUGGGCCAUAACAGCCAGGCCUACGAGGCCCUCGUCCAGAACCCAGACAAGAGCAGGCAGCUGGACUGUCUCCGGCAGCUGGUGGUGGUCCUGUGCGAGAGGUCGCAGCUCCAAGAUCUCGUCCAGUUUUCCUACGUCAACCUACAUGAUGAGGUGGUGAACAUCAUUGAGUCGAGGGCCAGAGCUGUGGAUCUCAUGACUCACAACUACUAUGAGCUGCUGUAUGCUUUCCACAUCAACCGCCACAACUACAGGAAAGCGGGUACGGUGAUGUUUGAGUACGGCAUGCGUCUGGGUCGCGAGGUGCGCACGCUGCACGGUCUACAGAAGCAGGUGAACUGCUACCUGGCGGCCCUCAACUGCCUGCGCCUCAUCCGGCCAGACUACGCCUGGAUCGUACAGCCAUCCUCCGGGAGCACGUAUGAGCGUCCAGGUGCAUCACCCAAACGGAACUACGAUGGCGAGUUUGCUCCUGGCCCAGUGAAGCGUCAGAUUGACAUCCUGGAGCUGACGGACCUCCAGAAGGAGUACCUCCUGGCCCGCAGCCGCCUCACGCUGGCCCAGCAGCACCCGCCCUCCGCAGCCAUCGCAGGAAGUGCCUCAGCAGUGGAGAUGGUGACUCUGCUUGUCCAGACGGGGCUGUUCGACACGGCCCUCUCGCUCUGUCAGACGUUCAAGCUGCCCCUCACACAGGUCUUUGAAGGCCUAACAUUCAAAUGCAUCAAGCUGCAGUAUGGCGGGGAGCAGAGCCAGAAUGAAGCCUGGAGCUGGCUGGCCGCAAACCAGCUCUCCACCAUCGUCACCACCAAGGAGUCCAGUGCCACUGAUGAGGCUUGGCGACUAUUGGCCUCCUACCUGGAAGCGCACCCUUCCCAGAAUGCUCAGCACUAUCGCUGUGUCAUCAACAAGCUGCUCUCGCACGGCGUGCCACUGCCUGACUGGCUGGUCAAUGCCUACAAGGCCGUGGACACUGCUGCACUAUUACGACUUUAUUUGAAGUUCGAUCGUCUGGAUUUGGCUGCAGAACUGGUGAUUGAAUACGUGGACGCUCUUCUUGGAAAGGGACACCAGUAUUUUGGAAUAGAGAGGCCUCUGUCGGCCACGGCACCUGUGGUCUGGCUCCCGUACACUUCAAUAGACCAGCUGCUGUCCAACCUCACUGAAACCCAGACGCAUAUCAAGUUGCAUGAGCAGUUGAAGGCCAAGUUGGACGACUACCACCAAGUGUUGGAGAAUGCUACCAGACUCCGGCUUCAGGCUCACUAGCGCCACCUAGCCACACUACUGCCUUCCCGCCUGGUGCUGCUUUUCCUUCCCUGGUGUUUUCAUUUUCGAAAAAAAGGAAAAACUAAAAAACAGCCAAAUAAGUAUAUUUUUGUAAAGGUUAAAAUGAAAAGGACGACUGAGCACUUGGGUGACAGCAUGAUGUGAUGUGAGAAUGUUUUCAGUUGAGUGGUGUGGAUGUAGAGACCAGAGUUCGGCCAUCUGUGCGACCGCUGAACACUCCGAUGUAUAGUAUGUAUUUGUGUGUGAGGUUCCCCAACUGCUUUGUAUGUUUGUGUGAGUUUUAUAUAGUGAAUGUGUAUGUUGUCGUUUUUGCUCUAUAAUGUACUCAUACCUGUGCUCUUCAAUCAGGUUUGUUGUAAAUUGUAAGGAAUGUAAUAAAGAAUUUUCCACAUGGUUCA